UACUCAUCUGGUCAAGAUUCCGAUUCUGCUCUGGAAGAAUUUAUGCAGUUCGUACAAUCCAAGCAGGAGUUGAAGAUGUUUUCCAGUAGAGGUAGUACAACGGCCACACCGGACAAUGAGUUGUCCUAUGAUGACAGUAUAGACAAUAGUAUGAUGGCUAGUGGAUUAGGGAGUGGCUCCAUGUACAGGUCAAAGGUACGACGAAUAUGAGAAAGAUCACGAUAGCGCUGACAUCUGACACCCUCUUCCACCUAUAGAAAGCACUUUCUCGAUUUCAGGCGUUGCGAGAAUCGCACGAUAACCUAUCAGAAUCGAUGUCUGCUAGUAUGAUGGGGUUAGGUAUAACUGAAGGAAGUGGUGGCGGAAGGAACUAUGGGUCGCCUAGUUACACAGGCGUAUCACCCACUUCAUCAUCGUCAUCUCAAAGUCGAUAUCAUCAACCCGCAGUGCCAUCACCUCUUCAUGCAGAGCAACGUGUUGGCCCUAUCCAUAUACCUCGUGACAUGAGCGCACCCACUAUUGCAUCUCACUUACACCGUCGACAACUAUCUCAUGAAAAUCAAACCAAUGUCCGUUCAUCGCCACCGCAAACAACCACCUCUACCCAUGUCUUGUCAUCGCCUGAUAGAGCCGCCUAUUCCAGCUAUCCCACUGAUCCUCACCACAAAGACUUGAAACGAUUACCUCCGCGUUCAGCACGAUCCCCACCCGAUAAUGCGCAACUUCCUUCUCCUCGAUCACGCGAUAUCCUCUCGCCUAGAUCCCCUCCUUCCACAAUCGACCGACCCUCUAAAUCGGUGACGUUAGAAAGGCUAGCUACCAGUGCAUCACCACCCCGAAAUAUUCCUCGACACAUCAGUAACCGCCAUGCUAGUUCUGGAGGAUCCAGUCCCAUUAUCGGACCUCGACCAGAUUUACAGCCUACGAGUUAUUCUAGUUUGAAUGAGGACGCUAAUGAAUCAUCUCAACGAAACCGUCCGGAAAACAGUGGUCAUGCAUUGGCUAGUGGAACGCGAAGUGGGAGUCUUUUGGAUGACGAUGACUCUCUAGUAUUUAAGAUGAGCGAACUCGGCAAUGAAACUGGGACGUUCGACUCUGGCGUGUACAAUAACCCUUAUCAAGGAAGUCUAUACAGUGGUGGCAAGGAUUCGCCAAGACAACGGCUAUUGGUCGGACCCAAUAGUCAUUUUGCAUCAACGAGUGGUAGCCCUAAAAUAGGCACUAGUGGUGGAGAAGCUAUGUCUCGGCGACCUAGCUCUGGUAGUGGAGCAGCUAUGGCCACAGUCAUGGAACAGGAAGAACCCAAUACGGCGUCUUCCAACAGCUCAAGUUCUUCAGCUCAUGAACGCAGAGCUGGCGGACCUGAUGCCCACAUGUUUAGUGGCGACUGGUAAUUGGGGCCCCCAAAUAAGUGGGAAAUGAACCCAACUAGAAAAGUAACGUAAAGUUGAAAAAAAAAAAAGAAAUACCAACCCCCUCUGCCCUCCA